GCCCCGGGCGCCUGCGACCAUAGCGGCCGCCCGGGCAGGAAGAGGAGGAGGAGGAGGAGGGGGGAGGUGACAAACUCUCCGGCUCCGCGCGGCGGCGGCCGGCAGCCCGCGGUCAGGCAUGCAGGCGCGGCGUCUAGCCAAGCGCUCCAGCCUGGGCAGCCGCCGGGGGAGCGCCGCGCUGCAGCCGCCCGGCCCCGCGUCCGCGCCGGCCCGGGAAGGCGCGCUGCCUGGGCUCCCGCCCCCCGCCCCGGCCCCGGCCCCGGCGCCGGCCCCGGAGAGCUGGAGGCCGCCGCUACCAACGCCGCGCAGCGCCGGGACCGGCCCCCCUCGGGCCGCCGGGGCCGCCGCCGCCUCGUCUCCGGUGCUGCUGCUGCUAGGGGAGGAAGACGAGGACGAGGAAGGCGGGAGCAGGCGGCGGAGGGGGCUCGGGCGGGUGCAGGCAAAGCCCCGAGGGGGAGCGGAGGAGGAGGAUGACGACGAGGAAGACGAGGACGAGGAGGUGGUCGUCGAGGUGGUGGACGGCGAAGACGACGACGAGGACGCCGAGGAACGCUUCGUGGCCCUCGGCCCCGGUCGCGCGCUUCCCAAGGGCCCGGCCCGGGGCACAUUGAAGGUGGGGAGCAUUAAGCGGGAAAUGACCUUCACAUUUCAACCAGAGGACUUAAAACGUGACUCUAGUAAAAAAAUGUCUCAUCAACACUUGUUCCCCUUGGCCAUGGAGGAAGAUGUGAAAACAGCAGACACCAAAAAAGCCAACCGAGCCCUUGACCAUGAAAAAGAAAACACGCGCUCCAUCUGUCUCCUUGAGCAAAAACGAAAAGUUGUUUCUUCCAAUAUUGACGUUCCUCCAGCAAGGAAAUCUUCAGAGGAACUAGACAUGGACAAGGUGACAGCAGCAAUGGUACUGACCAGCUUGUCCACCAGCCCUUUGGUUCGGAGCCCUCCUGUGCGACAGAAUGAGGGCCUGAGUGGAUCCUGGAAGGAGGGGAGCGGCGUGCCUUCCAGCACCAGCAGCAGCGGCUACUGGAGCUGGAGCGCCCCCAGCGACCAGUCCAACCCGUCCACGCCGUCGCCGCCCCUGUCCGCCGACAGCUUCAAGCCCUUCCGCAGCCCCGCGCCCACGGACGACGGCAUCGACGAGGCGGAGGCCAGCAACCUUCUCUUUGACGAGCCCAUUCCCAGGAAACGAAAGAACUCCAUGAAGGUGAUGUUCAAAUGCCUCUGGAAAAACUGUGGGAAGGUGCUGAGCACUGCCGCGGGUAUCCAGAAGCACAUCCGGACCAUUCAUCUUGGGCGUGUUGGGGAAUCUGACUACAGUGAUGGAGAAGAAGACUUUUACUACACUGAGAUCAAGCUCAACACAGACUCGGUGGCAGACGGACUGAGCAGCCUGGCCCCGGUUUCGCCCUCCCAGUCCCUGGCUUCACCCCCUACCUUCCCCGUCCCAGAUUCCAGCCGAAUAGAAACUCCUUGUGCCAAAAGCGAGACAAAAUUGAUGACACCCUUGAGCCGCUCUGCUCCCACCACCCUCUACCUCGUGCACACCGACCACGCUUAUCAGGCCACACCCCCCGUGACCAUUCCGGGAUCGGCCAAGUUCACCCCCAAUGGCAGUAGCUUCAGCAUUUCUUGGCAGUCGCCUCCAGUUACCUUCACGGGCAUUCCUGUGUCACCAACUCACAGUCACCCAGUGGGCACAGGAGAGCAGAGACAGCACACUCACACCGUCUUGUCGUCCCCGCCCAGAGGGACAGUCAGCCUGAGGAAGCCCAGGGGAGAGGGCAAAAAGUGCCGCAAGGUGUACGGCAUGGAGAACCGCGACAUGUGGUGCACCGCCUGCCGCUGGAAGAAGGCCUGCCAGCGGUUCACUGACUGAAGCCCCGGCCACCCGCCGGCGGGGCUGGCGUCCCACACACUCCUGCCCUCGCCUUCCGCCGAGGGUUCUGGAAAGCGCUUUUCCUUCUGAACAAAACACACUUGAAGCCCAGGAAAAGCACUUCCAGGAAGCUUGGUGAAAUUACAGCAAAAACAUUCAAAAUGAAAAGGUCACCGCUCUUACUGUUCUUGCUGAGAAUCCAUCCGACAGCAGCUGGAACUCUUUUUUUCUUCCUUGAAAAGUAAAGUCAACUGUUUUUUUUCUGUUUGUCUUGGUCUGAAAACUGUGGGCUGCUGUAGCCAUUGAACCAAUCAAGCCCAUUUUACCUAGAAAGGAGGCCUGUUUUGAUAAUGCCCUUUCUGAGCUUUUUUUUUUUUUGACAAAAUACAUACAUAAAUAAAGGCUACACGUUACUAUGUGACUUGGUAGCAUUUGUACAAAGAAUGAUACCUGCUCUCAUUGUGAAUAGUCAUUUUCCUGUUCUCCAUUGGACUUGUGGCAACAGUACACAUUGUGAUGCGUUGCCAGGAAGGGGCAGUGCUCUGGGCAUCUUUUCUAGGUCUCCUUUGUUGGUUUUGUUUGGAUGGAUGGCCCCAAACUGAACCAUGGUUAGAGCUGUUAGCUUGAAGGACCCCGGAUGGCAUCAGCUCGAAAAGAGAUUGACAGUGGACAUCACCAGCAGACUUCAGCCCCUGCUAAGUCCAGGACAUCCCGCUGUCACUGUUGGGAAACGUCUGGGAGUCUCUGAGAGAUGGAGCGGCCGGUUCUCUCCUGCCACAGUGCAGUCAAGCCCUGGCAUGCACCACCAUCAGGGUACAUCUGGAAGCUUCCUCCAGGGAUGUGAUGCCCUCCACAGCUUGGAUCUCUUCAUCACAGCUGACAGUUGUGGCCCGGUCCAUGGCUCCUCCGGCCUUCCCUCAAAACGCCACCACUGACUGGUCUCAGAAAAGGCAGAGAACUACAGACUAUUCCAGCAAAUUUGCUUCAGCGCACAGCCGACACGUCCCCAUCUGUUCAGAAAGUCAUGUGAGGUCAACAUUCACUCCGAGUGCACUUUUAUGGGUUUUAUGCUUUAGCAUGUCUGGGAGAUGGGUUCGUGAACGAUAGAGAUUAUAUGGGGAAAGGGAAGGUCCAAACCUUUAUUUUUAUCAAAAUACUGGGUAAGAUAGUCAUUAAGAAUUCGCUCAGAAGGAAAUGCACAGGACACCAAAAGGAAAACGUGUUGGUAUAGGAAUCUCACAAUUUAGUAGGACCAGGGCUUGCACUGUGUUCCAUUGAUUAGACUUUCUAGCCUGGUGUGUGUUUGUUUGUUUGUUUGUCUUGGUGGUAGUGGUGCAGGGACAGGGGAGUAGUUGUCAAGCCCUCUAAACAAGCUCAUUCUCUAGCUACCCUACUGUUGAUCGCCCUGCUAAAGUUACUUCUCCUAUACCUAUGCAAAGAAAUAAGAGCACCUUAUAGGAUGCACUGUGUUGGGACGGGGGCCUAGGAUCAGCCAUAGGAAUGCUAAAUGAAAUUGCACAGAGCAAAGUUUAAUAUAUUUAGAGAUUGUACAUACACUUUUUUUGAAAGAGUAGAAAGAAGUCGUCGAGUCAUAACAGAUCACCUUUUUCUUUUUUUUUUUUUUAAUAAGCAAGGGAGAGAGAAGGAGGUUCUACCAUGUAACAUCUACAAUCUGUGCAUUCAUAUAUUUUGGCAAUUUUAUUUUUUAAAUGCUCACGUGACAUUUUUAAACAUUACUCCUUGAAAGAGAUCCUGUUUUCCUCCUUCAUUUAUUUAUUUUUUUUCUUUCAGAACAGUCUCUGCAAGAGAGCAGAGAGAGAGUGCUUCACUGACUGUCACAUUAUGAUUAGCCUUCAGUAUAGCACCAGCUAUAAUGUAUGUUUUAGCACUGAUGAGCCUGGCCAGGAAAGGGUUUUGAUUUUUUGGUUUUUUGGGUUUUUUUGUUGGUGGUGGUGGUGGUUGGUUGGUUUUGGCCGCCCCAUGGCAUAUGGAGCUCUGGGUCCAGGGAUCAGAUCCGAGCUACAGCCGUGAACUAAGCUACAGCUGCAGUGAUGCUGGAUCCUUAACUCACUGUGCCGGGGUGGGGAUCGAACCCACCUCCCAGCAUCCCCAAGACCCUGCCAAUCCCGUUGCACCACAGUGGGAACUCCAAGAAAUGUUUUUUUUAAGUGCAAAAAGGUAUCUGCAUCCUCCCUCUCAGCCUGCCUUUUCUCCUCCCUGGUGUUCUGACAUUUCCCCCUCAGGCACCUUGGCUGGGAGGUGAUGCUGAGGGCUGGUCCCAGAGGCCCUGUGCUGUGGCUGGAUGAGUCCAGGGCUGGUCAGCCAUUUGAGCAGGUUCACCGUGUGCUUAAAUGACAGUUGGGGGUGCAAUCUGGAGCAGAGGGUUUUCUCUUCAGCAAAGCUCCAUGAUGCUUGAUCCUUGAAUUAAGUCACUAACCAGAAGAAAUUGAAGUGAGGAGGAGCUAGAUCCAUCUCCCGCUCCCCUCCCCAGAACUGUGGGACACAAGGAAGGAGAAGGGGUGGCUGUGAAGAAGUCCUGGAGCAAGACUUUGUGGCCCUGCCCCCAUGGGUACAGCCCAAGGCCGGGUCUGAGCUCUGGCCCAGCUGAGCCAAGAUCAGUCUUUCCCCAGUGAUUAGCUGAUGCCUAGAGGUAUAAGCAGAAGCAUAAAGUUGAAUGCGGCUUCCCUGGGCUUUCUUCUCCUUUCUAGAGCCUUCUUCACACACAUUUUCUGCAUUUCCCACCCAUGAAGGGUACCUUUCUGCUGGCCAGCCGGGCACGCUGCAUGCCCUCUUCUCUAGCUCCCAGGUGGACACAGACCCCCAGUACUUUCUGCACGCAGACAUCCGUUCCCUGUACCAAGGCAUGUAAUGACUAGGGGACCACCAGGCUUCCCCUGGAGCCUAGAAGAAAAGGGAUGAAACUUCUUGCAGGCCACCCAGAAAGCUGCAAAUUGCAAUAUACAGCGAUGAUUGUAAACACUACAUUUAAAAAAAAAAAAAAGAAAAAGAAAAAAGGAGAGCUAUUUUGUUGUAUUUUGGAAUUAAGUGCCAAAUGAAGCCCAAGUUUCAUUUUAUGCCUUCUCUGUGGUGCCACAUUCUUUUUUGUCUUCAUUUGGCCCCAGGGGAGGAGGGAGACGGGUGGAAAGGGAGGUCCCAAAGCAAAGGUGCUGCUUAACGGGAACACCUUCCAUCCCUCAGAGACCCACCUGGGCAAAAGGAAUGGCAGUUCAAUGAGUGCUGGUCUCAAAGCCAUUCUAAAGAAGGCAUGUGGCAGCCUCUGACAUUUCCCUUCCUGCAGAAAAGAUGUCACCUUGCUCUGCAAAGAAGGCAUUUUCUGGUGAUGGACAGGCAUUCUCCAGAGAGCUGCACAGCAGAGAGAGCUGGCUCAUCAGGCAUCAGUCAUUUUAAACCUUAGUUCUUCUUGGAGGAUGUGUGCCCAGUUUAUGGGAGGCAGUGUGACCACCUGGAGGAAACACCUGGGUGGCAAGCAGGUGGGGAGCCAGAGAUGAGAUACAGGAGGGCUGUGGACACCUGGCCCCGGCUCACAUUUUUAGUGCCGAUUGGCCGGUGGUGAUUAUCCCUGGGCACCUCUAAGGGAGUUGCCAUCUUCCUGCCCUGACAGUGGCUGCUGGAAGCAAAGAGAGAGCUCCCUUGCAGGAGGCGCUCAGGCCACAGAUGCAGGACUGCUGUGCGCUUCUCAGGUGGGCACAGACUGCUCCCUGCCUCACUUGCUGCAAAGCUUCCUCCCUUGUUGGGCAAAAGGCGAUUUCAGGAAAAGGGCAGCAUGUUUCUGAGCAGGAAUGUGCAGUGCCCCUUGGCAGCUCUGUGCACCAGCAGGGUGGGGGCCUUUUAGGAGAGGAUUCCUUGUAUAGUAGGUAACUGUGUUGAAAAGUUUCAACAGAUGCCUGUUACAGUUUGUUACAGUCUCUUGGGCUUUCGGUUCCAUGUAUGUUGCAAAAGAUUUCUGAAAUGGACAUGCGCUCCAUCCCAAUUUCAAGUUCACUUGAGUACAAGUCGGCUGUCACAGGUGUCACAUGAAGCCACACUUGAAAGCAGCCCUGGGUUCUGAAUGAGCCAGCACUGCAGAACCCAUUUCUGCCGUCACCUGACUUCAAUGGAAAAGGAAAGCGCAGCAUUCAUUUGGGAAUGUUUAGAGAAGAGUGGCAAGGGUUGUGUGUAUGAGAGAGAUUACCUUGAGAAUAGUAGCAAAAUACUGUAAAAAAAUAUUCAUUUCCUCAGGGAAAACUAAAGGGUAUGUGAAAAAUAGAUCUGGAGGUUCCUAAGACUAGAAAGGCUUUUAUUAUCUCCAGCGUCUUUUCUAGCAGAACAGUUCUUUGUUUGUUUGUUUGUUUGUCUUUGAAUGAACAUCAUAGCAUUUCAAGACAAGUUGCCAUGAACUGGACGGUACCGACUUUUUGAGGUGUGGAGGAAUGUUCUAUGAAACAGAGCAGUUUCUUUGUAUCUUAGACCUAGUCUGAGGCUGACAUCUGAACCGCAGUGCAGUCCCUCGUGGGUGUUCCCAGACUCACAUCAGGCUGUUUCUGAAUGUAGUUGUUGAGUAUGACACCUUGGUGUUCCUUUUUUAUAAUCAACUGGAUGAACAGCUGGUUAUUAGCUAUCCGCAGAAUUCUGUAGGUGAAGGACACGAAAGAUGUGCAUUUUGCUUUAAUAGCAUGUUAAGGAGCAAACUUCCAUGGACAUUUGUGGACAAGGUGCUGCUUUUCUUCAUGACCCUGUAGAGUUUCUAUUGACCACAUCAACUGUAGCUCUGACCUGUAUGAACGCAGGGAAGAAUGUGUACAUACAAAUGAGUGGAAACAAAGCAGACAUCAUGAAUAUGGAUGAGGACGUGGAUCAUUCUGGAGAAUGCGCUGGGCCCACGGGUCAACUGGAAAUUUCAUUUCUCUUAAGAAAAUAACCCAACCAGCGGCACACACGCUCUCCCCACCCCUGCCCCUGUGGGGGUGCCUCCAUAGCAGAACUGUUUCCUUCUGUCUUUUGCAUUGUAGCUAGUCAAACCAGAAGUCAGUAAAUACCAUGAGAUUAGCACUUCUAGGUACCAAUUGUGUCACUAAGUAAGGCACACCCAUAGAGCAAGAAAGGAUGUGUUUAAGACCAACUGGUUUGCUUCUCGUGACUGACUUUGAAAAAGCCCAGAUCCAAUGAUAUACAUGCUUUAAAAGGUGUAUCUAUCAAAGGACCAGAAAUGAAAAUGGGAAUUUUACUUCUGGUCCUGUUUUGUAAAUAGUUCCUCUUUUUUUGAAGACAAUCUCAUGUUUUAUAACUUUUCUUGUGAGUCUGAGAAUCACAAUGGCAAUGUGUUGUGUCAAAAUGUAAUCUUAAAUACAAGAAUGAUUAUAACUUAAUUUUCCAAAUAAGACAAGAAAUAUACUGCUUAGGCUUCCACAAUUCUGAGAGAUGUGGCACUUUUAUAAUACGCAUUAGUACUUAACUUCUCAAGUUAGCAGAACUGGAAAUAUUUUACAAGAUGCAGUGUUUUGUAAUCACAAAGAAUAUGAACAUUUUGUGGGAAAUGACCUUGGUUUUAUACAUUGUAGCUUAUUUUUUAAAAUACAAUAUUUUAUCAGACAGGAAGUGUUAAUAAGCAAUUCCUGCUCUCCAAACAAAGGGCUAUGCCUCUUUUAAACAAAUGUUUUGAUGCAUAUCUUUUCAGUCAAUCCUCUGCAGCAAGGGUAGAAAUGCAGAUCGAAUGGAAAGAUUAUUACAAGAGAAUCAAGAUGACAACAGCUACUUUUAUCAUAACCAGAUUGUUUUCAAAAUAUUUUGGAAAAAAAAAGAUGCUUGAAGAAUCAUUGCUAUACAUCUUAAAUCUUCAAAAUGUUAAUAGAUAUGCUUAUAGGCAAUGGGAGAACUCUACGUGUAAAUUCUUUAGUGUAAAAUGAUAGAUUCUGUCGCAAGGACAAGCUUAUUGGUCAGCCUACUAGAACCACAAAGCUGCAUUUAAUUAACAAGUACUAUUUGAUGGAAAUUUCUAAAAUUGCGGUAUGAAAGUCCAAAGAGAAUUCUUAGGUGAUCAGUAACAUUUAAAAUAAUUUUGUCUUCAGCACUGACUAAAUAACUUUCCUUUUAUUAUGAGAACAAGUGCUUGAUUUUUCACCUGAAGAAUUCAUAGAUAUGCAAGUUUGAGAUGAAAAAACUCACUGUAUUCUCAAGGGCCAGAAAACAAGGAAGGGAUCCAUGGAAAGUUUAUUAGCCACACAAAAAUUCUGAGCUUUGCCAAAACCAUUUCAUAAUGCCCUAGUUUUUUCUAGCCCACUCACUGUUAAAGCAAGAAAGCUUCUUUCUAAGAUUUUAGUCAUUCAAAAACUAGACUAAUUAGUGAAGUAUUCAGAUAACAUCAAAAGAAAAGCUGAGAUAGACCCAUCGGGCAACUCCUAUGAGAUGGUCGGAGGGUCACUCAGACUUUGCUUUCAAAUAAGCUUUAGAAUCUGCAUACAUGAGGACUAGAAAUGCACAGAGUUAGGGAAAAACAUGUACAGCCUUAUCUCUGAGAUGAGGCAGCCUGCAACUCUGUCUUCAUUCUCUUGGAAUAUCUAUUGUUGGCAUUAAAGUUCUCAAGAAGUAUUUAUUGCUGCAUGGUUUUGAACCAAAAGAGUCUUGCUUCAUACUUAAAUAGAAGCCUCCUAGUGGUAUAUAGUAGAUGCCUUAGAAAUACCAGGCAGAUUCUGUAAAUGAACGAUUCAGAUCAGGCAAAAGAAGGACAUUAGAGAAUGGUGGAGACCAUAAUGAACCAGAGAAUGCAUGCCCCAUUUCAAGAGGGGACCUUGCUCUAGACAAUCAGAACCAUGCAGAAAUCAGGCCCCGGGCUGCUAGACCUUCUGACUUGGAAAUAGGAUGACUUGGAAAUAUUAAGCUAAACUCAAAUUCUUGGCCAAUACUGUGCAGACCAAAGAGAACCUGUACAUGGGCAGAUGCAGCCUUUGGCCUCCAGUUUUAACAGUUGGGAAAAGCAGAUUUCACCUUCCAUCGCCAUCAGGUCAAGCUCUUCCAUCAGCCCCACAAACUCACACAUUGACACUGGGCAACUAAAAUCGUAGCAGGGCAAGAAGUCAUAUCUCCCCAGAAAUCAUUCUUAUGGAAGACUUGAAUAUAAAAAGACAAUACCCUUAAACUAACCUUGCCUCUGAUCAAAAUAUAAUGAAGUGUUAUCCAACUCUCACUCUGCCUCCUGGCAUGCCCAGGCCAGGCCCAAAGCACUGAAUGACUGUAAUCCUAACUUCCUCCCUCUUUUUGCUACCGUGACCACUGUGAUGAGGGCCUGGCAAAGAGCAGCCUUGUACCUUGGGAAAAGGCAACUGGGAGCCCCUGCAGUUUGACACAGCACACGCUGCCUCCUUGUGCCAAAGCCCUUGGCCAGCCCCUCUGCACCCCUUCCCACUCCAUCCUGCCUCUCAUGCCAGGACAAAAUUUCUGAUGUUCCACCUCUGACAUGGCAAAAUCCUUGCUUUAGAACUGGUAGGUACGUAGGUAUUUUAAAGUGUCCACUAACCACAAAAUGCAGUUUUUUUUCCCACAUAGAAAACAUUAUGGUCUUUGUCUGAGGGUGAAGACAAACUGGGAAUAUAUGUGUCAUGGGAAAAAAAUUAGUUGCUUCCUUUGUUGAGAUGCACUAAGUUAUUUUUAGACUGCAUCUUAACACCAUAGUCCUGGUGGUGGGGGGCUAAACACUGACCCUUUCACUUGUAUAAGAAAGUAUGUUUCUUUCAGAUACAUGACUUCAUUUGACCUUUCCUAGAGCCCGAGGUAGAAUAAGAACACUGAGAAGCACCAUCACCACGUCCAAGGCCAACCCAGUUCAAGUGACCUUGAACCUGUGAGUCAGCCUCCAUUACUGCCUGCAGGGAGUGGGAAAAGAGUUUGUCUUCCAGAACAACUCUAGACCUGGGAAGACCCAGGGCCCCAAGUACUUCACCCACCCUUGCCAUCCAGGUCUUUCAGCUCAGAAGAACCCACUCGUUCACAUUUCAAGUGCAGACUUGAUCACCCUGAAUUAUCCCCCUAGGAUACCUACCAUGACCCCGUCCCCUAAAUUCCAACCAUCUACGUGGCUAAUUGUAGGAGUUGAUUAGUUAGUGUACUCUUCUUGGUCAGUGUUUUGACUCCUUGGGGAAAAGUUAUUUUGCUGCUAGCAGUCAACAUUUGCUAUCCAUAUAAACUCAUCCUGAUGCACCCAAAUUUGAGAACAGCUCCAAUUUACAAUUUGUUGUCAUCAAGUUGAAAAAUACCGUCCACUCAAAAUUGGAAAGAUCAGGCAAUAUGGUGAAGCCAUGUUUAUAUACAAAUGCAGUUUAAACCACAUUGGCAGUACCUGAGAUUUCUGUCAUUGUGAAGGAUGAAAAGAUGGACCAGUCCAUGAAUGGAUUUCAUCUUACCCUUCUCCCAUCGGCUGUCAAAGUUUCACAUUCUGAAUUUGGGGUAAAGCCACUUGCAAGUUCAGUCAUGGAGCUAAGGGGGCCUAAACCAUUAAUAGACGUUUUGAUAAAUGAUACUUUUAGUAUAUUUUUAAAGCAAUACAGUGCUGGAAAAAAAAACCCAUUUUGCCAUGGUUAGCCCCCAGAUGGUGGCAGGUCUUCAAACGACCCAAGUUCUAAGGAACAAGAAAAAAGCUAUCAUUUCCAAAAGAAAACAGCAAUAGAUUUUGAAAGAAGGUAGAGAUUAUGAAUUCAAUGCCUAAACUGCAGUCUUUGUUUUUCUAAAAAUCUUCUUUCCUAUUGAGUGCCAUCCAUAUAAUUAUUAAUGGCCAGCUUCCAAAGAAAAUAUCCCCUUUGCUAAGAAUAUGAAAGUGUUAAAAAUUCAUUCCCAAGUCUGAUGAAUACAUACUUACUAGGAGCAAGUCUCUAAAUUUUUAAAAUGAGUCAGGGGAGCAAGUAGCAACUCCUGAAACAGGCAAGAGAAAUGCCAUUAAAAAACAAAUUUUUCUUGGAGUUCCCGUCUUAGCACAGUGGAAACGAAUCUGACUAGGAACCAUAAGGUGGCAGGUUCAAUCCCUGGCCUCGCUCAGUGGGUUAAGGAUCUGGCUGUGAGCUCUGGUGUAGGUUGCAGAUGCGGCUCGGAUCCCACGUUGCUGUGGCUCUGGUGUAGGCCGGUGGCUACAGCUCCGAUUCGACCCCUAGCCUGGGAACCUCCAUGUGCCGAAAGUGCGGCCCUAAAAAGACAAAAGAAAAAAAAUGUUUUUCUUAAAAAAAAAAGUUUCUCAUCUGUUUUAUUCUGAAUUCUCCUUACAUCUUGAACUGAAGAGGAAAAACCAGCGCUCUGGAUAAGUCACUGAGCUUUAGAGGAGAAAGAAGACAGACAGUCCACAUUCUGGUUACUAGUCUUGUUUUCCCAUCUCGGCAACCACCUCAGAUUUGCCAGUGAAAGUUUAUCCUCUCCUCUUUGCCUUCAUCUGCCCGAGCCAGAGACCAUGCUGUUAUUAUGUAUGUUUGCUUCCCAAAGCCCUGGCUUAAACAUUUUUGCUUCUGUGCUCCUGAUCUCUCUCACUCUUAAAUUAAGGUCCAAGGGGAUAAAGAUGAUCAUGACUGCAUGUUAGUCAAUGAGGCUACCCCUUCCUUCAGGGAAACGUUUCCAUUUGUCUGAACAGUUUUGGGUGAUGGUUCAGAGAGCAGAUUGGUCAGCCACACAUCCCAAAAGAUUCUGUCAGACUCACUGAUAAAGAACAACAAGGCAGGAGUUCCCAUCCUGGCUCAGCGGGAAUGAAUCUGGCUAGCAUCCAUGAGGAUGCAGGGUCAAUUCCUGGCCUCACUCAGUGGGUUAAGAAUCUGACAUUGCCCUCAGCUGUGACGUAGGUCGCAGAUGAGGCUCGGAUCCUGAGUUGCUGUGGCUGUGCUGUAGGCUGGUAGCUGUAGCUCCAAUUCAACCCCUAGCCUGGGAGCCUCCACAUGCCACACAUGUGGCCCUAAAAAAAAGACCAAAAAAAAGACAAAAAGAAAAAAAAAAAAAAAAAGACAAGGCAGAUAUCUAAUCCUUUCACUCUGGCUCAAAGCAAGUCCCCUUCCCCACCUGUCACCUCCAGUGCAAGGCCAAUAGAGUGGUCAGGGCAGACACCUCACAUUUAUUGCUCCAGGCCCUGACCUCUGCUCAGCAUUACAGAGCAUGAAAAUGAAAUUGGACUUUAUUGUGUGAAAAAGGAAGUGGCUCCUGCAGGGUAUAAUUGUUUUAAGUUUAUAUUGAUGCAAAGAGAAAAAUGAUUCCAAUCUCUCCUGCUGUGACCCAUGCAUCCCUCACCCCAGCAGUGUCCCCUUCCCAUGUUUUGGGCACAGAUGGCCAGGACAGAGAGGAAAGAGGCAGAGCUUUGGGGGCCAUCGGCUCCAGAGCUGGGAUUACCCCUCAGGGAUCUAUAGUGUAGCAUAAUCAUAAACCGCCCCCACCCAAGGGGAAUUAAAAAAAGAUGCAUUACUUUGCAGAUUCCAAACCCUUGCUUUGCUUUUUACACUUUUUCCCGUACACUCUGCUAAUUGGAAAUCAAUGACUGUGACUUGACCAAGCCCUGUGAUGAUAGCAAAGCUUCUUCUCCCAAAGUAUCACGACUGUUUAGGGAACCUCUGUGAUCACUGGUGGAAAGCUUUAGAAUAGAUUUAGAUUUUUAGGGAAAAACUCAAUAUCCCCAAAAUAUACUGGUUCCGUGACUUCAAUAAACUGAAAAAGUCCUGGGCGUAAAAUAACUCAGGCACGUGGAUCAUAUAUGUUUUUUAAAAUGCCAUUAAUUAAUAUUUUCCUACGACACGACCUUAAAUUCCUAUUUUUAUAAUUAAAAUGGUUGGACGAUGGUCAGCCGUUGAAACACAUGCUCUCUGGAAUAACCAGACAGUAGCAUAGUCUCCAAAGUGUUUCUUGUAUCAAAAUCUAUAUACUUAGAGGAAGCACUCAGGAUAAGAAAAAAUCGCUAGGUCCCAAAGGGUUUGUGACUAUCAAAUACAACUGCUGAGUGGCCUGCGGUCAUCUUUUUCAAAUGUGGGGGCCGGAGAGUGAGAGAACCACAGUCAUCACAAAACCUGUUGCCCAUAGUCCAUGAUAAGGUUUAAAAACACUCCACUUUAAAAAAUGAAGCCAUCUUUCAAAUUGUUUUCUACAUCAAAUCUAACACAUUCAGAUGAUAAAUGAAAUAGCUUAAAUGGGGUAUUUCGUGGAAAUGCUGUCAGUAAGAAAGCAUUGCUUUUUAGUGCUGCUAAACAAGUAAAGAGAAAGAAGCAGCAGCCCGUCCCUGUAAGUUGUGAAUGAGAACGUGACAGGUGUUAACUUGCAACUGGGCACUAAUUCAAAAGCAAUGCGACAACGCUCUCCAAUUUUUAGAGAUCUUUCAGAAUACAACCUUACCAUCCUUUGGAAGUAAGUUCUUGCUUGCAGAAGUCUUUAAUAUUGGUGAAUGAAUGUAAGAAGUUACAAACUAUGCAUUUUCCAAGAGUAAUAUGUAUUUUGUGUCAAAUCCGAGUCGAUUUUGUUUUUCAUAGAGACUUUGCACAACUGCAAAUUAUUCAAACCAGACUCAAAUGCAUAUCAUUAGGGGGAUGUAGGACUUCCACCUCUACACUUCGAGCUGAUACAUUUAAAGACGGUGCGUUGAAACUUCAGGUUCUCAACAAAUUCAGCCAUUAUGGUGAAUAAAUGAGAAAUGGUUUCUAUUUUCCUUCUUCAGCAGAAAUGGGAAAUGUUGGCUUUUACGAAAUGUGCCCAGUUUUUUCAGAGGUGGAUGAUAUAGUGACACUAGGUUAACAAGCAAACAAAACAGCAUGAAGUUAAUGGGUUAUUGCCUUGGAUUAAAAAUAGCAUAGGCUUGUCUACUAUGUUUAAUUCUCAAUCUAAAGAAAAAACUGUUCUCCAAAGGGUUUGGAUUACGUGGUUUCAAAGAGCAAAAUAUAAAAAUUUUGUCCAGCAAAGCAAAAUCCCUGAUUUUUUUCCCAAAAUUACAUGGAGAUCAUUACUUAUAUUUUUUUGUUAAGUCCACAUAAAAUAUACAGACAUGUCUUUGGCUCUCUUGGUGAUUUUGUGUUUUCAUGAAGCCUUUUUCCCUAAUCACUUAUCUUUGCUCCUUAAUCAGUACUUUCCUGCAUUACUUGACCUAAAAGAAAAAAAAAUUAUUUCCUUUAUCUGACAAUGUUGAAAUAACUCCAUUUCUCUGCCAUUCUGGAUUUCUCCUGUUCCACUGAGAAAGUUUCUCAACUGUUUGUAAAAUAUGGAAAACCUGGUACUUGUGGUUAUACUGGAUAUGUUUGCUACUUAUUUAGGUUAUUGGGGGCAGGGAUGUGUCUUUUUAUAUGAUUUUUAGCCAAAUUCAGAUGUUCUGAUACUACAUUUCUGAAUACCUAUCUGAUUGUAAAUAUAGCCUGAGGAGGUUCAGGUGAAUAAACCUUUUACAUAACUGCUCCUUAACCAGCUCCUUGCCAGCUUUGGGCACCUUGUACAUAGAUUUGUCGAAUGUUUAAAUGAUGUUGUUUUUUCUAAAUGCUGUUCUCUAAAACAACUUUUUGAAUGUUUUUUGCUUUCCAUUGUUUGGGACUUUGUGUGUUGCUUUUAAAAAAAAAAAAAUGUUUCCUAAAUAUUUGACACCAGGAAAAAAUAUUUCAAAUAAACUGGUGCUAAUUGAAAUAGAAGAAAAAUUUCAGAUUGAAGAUUGACCACAUAGAAGGUUCCCACCAGUUAAAAGAAACUGCACUUUCGCGAGGGGACAGCUGACAUCUACCUGUAAUGGGCUUGGCUUCAGGAGGACGGCUGAAUGUUUAUGGUGUUUGUGGCCCAUUUAAGUGUAAAAUAAUGAAAUGGUGCUGUCCCCCUCCGAGUUGAGGAUUUGCUCCUUUGGUCCUAUGGAAGCAUUUAAGUAGAAGUAAAGGUCUAGAGUAAGAAUCACUGUAGUAAUAGUCUUCUGGUCUUUGGACUUUCAUGUUCUGUGAUGCUUAGCCGUACCAAUGAAUAUGGUGUUGCCAAUCGAGUCUGACGUCAUCGUUGACCUUGUACUUGCUGCGUGUAUGGUUCUACCUUGCGUUGCACUGGCACGUGCCGAGCCGGAACCCUGGACUCUCCGUAAGACCAUUCUGACUUCUACGGCGUCCACACACAUGCAUUUAAAUGCACUUGUAACUGGUUCAUUACCAUGAAGUCUAACUUCCACUUAAUAAAAGUUUUUGUGUAUCUGCUUCUA